UGAUCAUUGGACGUCAAUAGAAGGUAGAUAUCCAAACAUGGCGUCACGUCCAGGUACCCCCCGCGGCCACGGGUCCCCUUCCCCCCUCUCCAUCCGACGGUUCAACUCCACGGAAGAGUACAUGUCAGUCAUCCGAAACGGGCUCUCCGAUUGGCUCAACUCUCUCUACAACUUGAACGUGACUCCCGACGACUUGAUCGAGUACCUGAGCACGGGGGUGGUGUUGUGUCACCACGCCAACACGUGGGAGGUGGAGAGGGGGACGGAGUACCGUGUUCACUUCUCCCCACGGGCUACCCAGGGGUCGUUUCAGGCCAGAGACAACGUGUCCCUCUUCAUCAAUUGGUGUAGGCGCAGUCUACAGUUCCCUGAGACUCUUCUCUUCGAGACAAACGACUUGGUAGAGGGAAGAAACGAGCACAACUUUCUUGUGUGUCUGUUGGAAGUUGCGAGGAAGGGUUCGGAGGUUGGGCUGUCCGAACCAGUGUUCGACUUGCCCGAGAUGAGUGUGGAAAAGUUCGCCACAGGACCGCUGAGUAGUAUACCACUGUCUUACAGUGACAAAAAGGUCCCUCCAAGUACGGAAUCCAAAAGAGACUCCGACACAACGCAGAAAACUCCACCUCUCCAAAGGAGACAUCCUCAGCGCUCUGUUUCCACUCCGAGUCUGGUUUCCUCUGAUGGAGCGACCGGAAAUGACGUCUCCUCCAGCAAGGUGACCGGAAAUAAUGUCAUGAUGGUUGUGCGCGACUCUCAUGGAAAGCACACGGUGUUACGUGACCGCACGGAGCCAGUGAACCUAGAAGCGAAGAACUACCAACUCGUGUGUGCUGAUACUGUCGAGCUACCAACCAAUAAGACCAAGCGAGACGAAGACGCGACGUUACACGUUAUGGCGGCGAUUCCAGCAAACGAUAUGGAAGCGAAGCCUGGAGACGAAGUGUUCUGCAAGAGUACGGAGAUUGUUGCGCCGCCAAAAAGUUGCCCCGUGCACGGAAGGUCGUCCUCGUUGGAUGACGUUGCGCACGGACAGCGCCCGAACACACCAACCGAGAAAACGAGGGCGACUAGACGUUGGUCGGACGGGUUUCAGACACAGCCGAGAACCACUGGAAGAAGAGACAGUACCAAGUCACCAUCAGAGCGCGUUCUAUCACGUGUGAUCGCGGCAAAAAGUUCUCAAGGAACACACUUCGAGUCCCCGUUCAUACAAUCGGAAAGACACCAACAUCAACACGUUUCAUCGCCUCGAAGGGGUUCGCUUGGUUGCUCCGUCUGUCCCAAACACUCGAACGAAGAGGAGAGUUUAGAGUCGUUCUGGGAAAGACUGUCUCGUCCCAAAACCAGGAGGAAAUCACUGCCUUCUGGGUUGCCGACUGUGUCUGAAAACGUGACGAGACAGAGACCAAAGUCAGCUGACGGCAGACUACACGCUAGAAGGGGCACCUUUACUUGCAGCAGUAGUACAGACCAGAUUUCUCUGAGUCCUAGGGGUAACACGUGGGGAGGAAAGAACUUAAACUCCUCUUUGGACAAAAAUGAUUCAGAGCAACCAAGGCCACGUCCGCGUUCGGCCAUGGGAAAGUUAGGACCGGACCGGACUCCUGUGAGUCCUCGAUGGAACACAGGAAUGACCAGAAUCUCUCCGGACAAAAAUGGACCUGAAGGACCGAGACCACGACCGCGUUCAGCAAUGGCAAAGUUUGAUGGCUCCAGGUCCACGCCUCAAAACCCACGUGAAAAAGAGCGACCUAUAAAUGAAAGAAGCCCAAAGGAAAAUACAUAUAAUCCUUUAGAUAUUAAGAAAGAAACGUCAAAGGAGAUGGACAGAGCCACUAGUUUUCGUAACAGAAACAGCAAAGAGCGAGUUUCAACAAGUCCUAGAGGUAACGUAGUGGGAAGGACUAGAAACAUUAAUGAAUCUCCGGACAGAAAUGGACACGAGCACCCGAGACCACGUCCGCGUUCCGCAAUGGCAAAGUUUGAAGCUCCAACCUUCCCACCUCUAAACCCACUUGAAAAGGGGAAAAACUUAACCGGAAGAAACUCAAAGGAAAACUUCAAGGAUAAUCAUUCCUUAGAUAUCAGGAAAGAAAGGCCAGACGAGAGAAACACGUCUACUAGUUUUCCGAACAGUACCAACAGGGAAAGAACUUCACGAAGUUCAAGAAGUAACACAGAAAAUUUCGUCCCCUUUCGGAACAGGGACAACCCUGAGACGAGACCACGGCCCCGGUCGGCAGUGGCAAAGUUAGAAGGUUCCCCACCUCGACAAGUGCGUGCAGAAGAGCAAUUCCCAAACGGAAAAGAUGUUAAAGAGAAGAAGACACCAGCUAGACAUGCCUCUUCUCCGGAUAUCAGGAAGAAAACAUCAGUAGAGGAAAACGGAACCAGCAAGGCCAGUGGUCGCAUCCCUUUGGAACGCGCCAACAGUUUUACUAUCAAGGAAAGGCGGGCACAAAGUGAGUCAUCGGACAGAACUCCAAAUCACCGACGAGAAAAUGGCUUCUCCGCCAUAGACAGAUCUAAGUCGUUGCCUCUCAUUGACGAGGUUUUCGUAGACAAGAGACAAGAAAGAUUCGUUUCUAUGUCAACGAGACCGACAGUUGUCAAUCACAGCUCGUCAGAAUCCGCUAAACAAAGCAAAACGUUCUAUCCUACAUUUCAACACAACUCAGACAACCGAACAAGGUCUCUUGAUCGCCGCGUGUCAGACUCGUACGCCAUGGUUGGACGAGAUCGCACUGAAGUUGAUCGCGAAGUUUACGAAGACUUCUUGAGAGAAGUCGGGAGGACGAAAUCUCCAUCACCUGCUGUGUUACGACGUCUUAGUCCGUCUACAGUAAACAACAACAAAAACAUACACCAACAAACAACAACAGCAAACAACAUCAACACCAGCACACAACAUCACAGUAACACAUAUAGGGAGGCAAACUUUAAACAAAAUGACGAGACAGAGGAAGCGUACAGUUCUUCCUCUGACGACGCCUCGCCAGACUUGAAACGAUCGGGGCUACGCCCGUGUACGCCCGUCCCGUCAGACCACAAACUUCCCAGGGAUGUGUCGCCUAGACAAGACCCGGUACCGUGGCCUCCCUCUAGGAUUCCCCGCCCGACAUUUUAUGUGUCCCCGGAGGAGACGGGAGCAGGCCCCGUUGUUUCACCUUCAGCUCAGUGCUCGAACGCUAAGAAUUUGCAGGAUUUCCUGGACUAUCUACACACGUCGAACGCGCUACAGCGGUCAGAUUCUGUGUCUUUGACGUCAGAUUCUAGCGAAGGAAGCACCUUAAUAUAACGUUUCUCAUCAUGUUUCUAUACAAUGAUUUAUACAACACUACAAGAAUCAGUGUGAAACUAGUGUCACAUCUAGAAGGUUACAGGGCAUUUAAUACAAACAAACAAUUAAAUUCACACACACCCUGGUCACUCAAUACUAGUAAGCAGUUUACGUAGUACUACUCACUGGUACUGCUCAUCCGUACGCAACUGUUUGAAUUAUUACGUUUGUACAAUGUAACGUUACAUAUGACGUCGUUACUACAACACAGUUUCAGGAUACUUCAGAGCAUUUUUCAUUAAUACUUCAAGUGCCUUACAGUGUCAAUAUUUGCGAAUAAAUUAACGCAAUAACA